UCAUUUGACCUUAAACUUCUGAAGGCAUGAAUGCGAGAUUCAGACCUUUUAGCCUUUUGCAGAACUUCGACCUUUUGGAGGCAGGGCAGUCCGCAGAGGGAGGUCCAGCCCCCAGCUAUGAUUCUGAGUAGCCUAACAGGCUGGGACAGCCCAGUCUGCCGGUCUGCCACAAGUGCCUGGGGCUGAUUCCCUGCAUUUGGAGUCCUGCAGUCUCUGCUGUAAAGCCCCGCCUGCCCUAGGGGCUGCCUGCCCUCUUCUGAUCUCCCUGUGGGAGAGGGGUCGGCCGGAGCAGGGCCUGGACUACAUUUCCCAACGUGCUUGGUGGAGUGGCGGCUUCUGUGCGCCGGCUGCGCCCGUUGAGGGCAACAAUGCAGUGGGCGAUGAGCACGGUAGCCCGUCUGGCCUUGCGGCAGCCGGCACUCCCUUCCCUGAGCCGUCCGCUUGGUUGCACACAGGACGUGCCCCGCAGGACACCACUCUAUGACUUCCAUCUGGCCCACGGCGGGAAGAUGGUGGCGUUCGCCGGCUGGAGUCUGCCAGUCCAGUACCGGGACCGCCACGUUGAGUCACACCUGCACACACGCCAGCACUGCUCGCUCUUUGACGUGUCCCACAUGCUGCAGACCAAGAUAUUUGGUCGCGACCGAGUGAAGCUGAUGGAGAGUCUAGUGGUUGGAGAUAUUGCAGAGCUAAGGCCAGACCAGGGGGUGCUGUCGCUAUUUACCAAUGAGGCCGGAGGCAUCUUAGAUGACUUGAUUGUGACCAACACCUCUGAGGGGCACCUGUACGUGGUGUCCAACGCUGGCUGCCGGGACAAGGACUUGGCCCUCAUGCAGGACAAGAUCCAGGAGCUUCAGAACAUGGGCCAUGACGUGGGCCUGGAGGUGGUAGAUAAUGCUCUGCUAGCCCUGCAAGGCCCCACUGCAGCCCAGGUACUUCAGGCUGGUGUGGCAGGCGACCUGAGGAAACUCCCCUUCAUGGCCAGCGCUGUGAUGGAGGUGUUCGGUGUGUCUGGCUGCCGCGUGACCCGCUGUGGCUACACAGGAGAGGAUGGCGUGGAGAUCUCUGUGCCGGCAGCAGAGGCAGUCAGCCUGGCCACAGCUCUGCUGGAAAACCCGGAGGUAAAGCUGGCAGGGCUGGCGGCCCGGGACAGCCUGCGCCUGGAGGCGGGUCUCUGCUUGUAUGGGAGUGACAUCGGUGAACACACGACGCCUGUGGAAGGCAGCCUCAGCUGGACGCUGGGGAAGCGCCGCCGAGCCGCCAUGGACUUCCCUGGAGCUGCGGUCAUCGUUCACCAGCUGAAGGGCACGGUGCCACGAAGGCGUGUGGGCCUGGUGUGUGAGGGGGCUCCUGUGCGGGCACGCAGCCCCAUCCUGAGCACGGAGGGUGCCGUGAUUGGUGCUGUGACCAGUGGCUGCCCCUCGCCCUGUCUGAAGAAGAAUGUGGCGAUGGGAUAUGUGCCCCGUGAAUAUAGUCAGCCAGGCACCCCGCUGCUGGUGGAGGUGCGGCGAAAGCAGCAGAUAGCUGUGGUCAGCAAGAUGCCCUUUGUGCCCACCAACUAUUACACCCUCAAGGGAGGACACCUUGGGUAGUGGUCUCAGGAGCCUUGCCCUGGGGGGCUUUCUUCAAGGGGUGAGUCGGGAAGCCGAGGCAGAACACAGUGGCUGGGGCUGGCUCUGGGGGUCCGGCUGACCCACUCCCCCUCAACCUCUGUCACUGCAGCUUCAGGUCCCUGUUUGUGAGCUAUGGGCUGGCUCACUCAGUGUCCUGCUCCAGCCACUCUGACCUGCUGGAGGGCCGAGGGAAGCGCCAGGCCUGGCGGCUCCUCUCCCUUCCCCUCUGCCAGGUGCUGGCUGUGGAGAGAAGGCUCCCCUUUAGGGGAGGGUAAACCCUGCCCAACCUACCUCACCACAAUUCCUCAUACUGCCAAGGGUUUUUACCCUGAGCAGUGCCAACUAUGCCAACUACCUGUUCCAGUUUAUUUUCCACAAAUGUAGCCUACUGCCUCUCACUGGGCAGGAUGGAUUCUGACUUGCAGAGGGCAGGCCCAGCACAGUCACUGUCCCUGUAGGUGAACUUGGGCAUGGCUGAGGGGUACAGAUUCACUUUUCCACAUUCUGAGUGGGACCAGCCUGCUGCCCACCAGCAGGCCGACCAUGCCAGGCUUGGCAACUGUUUGCAGCCCCAAGGCUGUUGUGUUUGCAGGGCAGCUUGGCCUCUUCCAGGACUUGCCGUAUGCUGGCUGACCUUUGCCCCUGGGCCCAUUUCUGGAUUCCACUGACUCCUAAACAUUAAAUGGGUUUCCUUCCUUCUUGCUCA